AUGGCCACUUCUAAAUCCAUGCAACCGUUGACCAAUUUUGGUAAAAUCUUUUGGCAAAACCAAUUUCGAACGACAAUUGACCUACCCGACCCAAGCAAACUGCCCAACCUACACGGCAAGGUAGCAAUUGUCACAGGCUCGAACACCGGGCUGGGCUUCGAAGCAUCCAAACAACUCCUCGCGCUCGGCCUAUCACAUCUGAUCGUAGCGGUACGCUCCGAACAGAAGGGCAAGGCGGCAAUUCUGGCACUACGAAAAGCGAGCUCUGCAGCACGCAUUGAUGUCUGGCGUCUGGACAUGGCAUCAUACACAUCGAUUCAAGCGUUUGCCCAGCGCUGCCGUGCCGAGCUCCCACAUGUCGAUCUCGUCGUAUUGAAAGCCGGUCUCUCGCGCACGAAAUUUGAGCGGGCCGAGUCGACGGGACACGAGAUGACGAUGCAAGUCAAUCAUUUCGGAACGGCGCUGUUGACUCUGCUUCUCCUCCCGAUCCUCAAAUCUACUUUGCGGCAUACUGGCGAACCCGCAAGAUUGACCGUCGUCAACUCUCUCACGGCACAUCUCUGCAAGUUUCCCAAUCGCAACGAACAACCCCUCCUUGCGUCAUUUGACGAUACGGAAAUUGUUCCAUUUGACGCACAAGAACGAUACGGGGUGUCGAAGCUGAUCAACCAACUCUUCCUCGCCAAGCUCACAGACAUGCUUCCAUCGGAGAAUGUCGUUGUGAAUAUGGUCGAUCCGGGGUUGACCAAAGGAACGCAGCUGAGUCGAGAUGCAACUGGCGUUGUUCGCGCUGGGGCCAAGAUCUUCUUUUCCAUUGCAGGGCGGCCAGUGGAUCGAGGUGCUGCGACGUACGUGGAUGCGUUGCUGCGGAUGGGUGCAGAAUCGCACGGCUGCUUCCUCAUGAACAACAAAAUUGCACCUCUUGCUGGCAUCUACUAUGGCAGUGAAGGUCCGCAAAUUAUCGACCGGAUCUGGAAGGAAACGCUGGAAGAGAUGAGGUCUCAUGGAAUGAAGAUACAGGACGCGUUUGACAAGGCUUCCACGUCCACGGACAUCAAAUGA